AUGCCCGCGCAAGAGUCGGUCGAAACGAAUGGCAUAUUAUUAUUAACGGCCAGUGAAUCGACGGCCAGCGGCGGCACCGGUGCCGCACCCGGCAGUCACACCACUACUACUACAGCGCCGGCGGUCACCACACCUGUGGCACUACCUGUGGCAGCGACCGGUAUCGACACUACGGUAGCCCAGGACAUUAAAGUUGCCAUCAAAUCAGCGCCAGUAGCGGCCGUCGCUCAGCAAUCGGUGCCCACUGUUACGGCACCGAUAGCCUCAACGCCGGUAGUCUCAGCACCCGUAGUCUCGGCACUGGUAGCCCCAGCGCCGGCCCCUAUCGUAUCGCAGCCCAACGCUAUUGCCAUAGCGCUGGCCACAGCCGGCAUCGAUACCACACCAACACCGGUGGCGACAGGCAUUGAUGCCACCACUGCCGCCAGUGACGCGACAGUGGCACCGGUUACUACUGGUGCACAUGUCUCAGUAGCACCGGUCGCCACCGGUAUUGACGCUACAGUAGCGCCGGUUGCGUCCCGUAUUGAUACCACGUCGGCACCGGUCACAACACCAGCACCGGUCACUACACCAGCACCGGUCACUACACCAGCACCGGUCAGCAAUACCACAGUAGCGCCGGAGCCCAAAAUUGCCACCAAAUCAGCGCCAGUGGUCGCUCAGCAACCAUUGCCCGCCGCUUCAGCACCGGUAGCCUCAGCGCCGCCCACUACGGCGUCGCAGCCCAGCGCUACGGCUGCUAAACAGGCCGUAGCACCGGCUACAGUAGCACUCGAGACCAAAAUUGCCACCAAAUCAGCGCCAGUAGCCGCUCAGCAACCAUUGCCCGCUGGUUCAGCACCUGUAGCCUCAGCGCCGGCCACUACGGCAUCGCUGCCCAGCGCUACGGCUGUUAAACAGGAGUCAGUUCCGCCGGCAACGACUCCUAUUACGCAGCCAUCAGUGGCUCUUCCGUCACAAGUCUCUGCACCGGCGACCGCUGCGGCCGCCACCGCACAGGCGGUACCACCGCUAGUAUUAACGCAGCAAAAGUCGGCCAAAGGGGACGAGAAGUCAGCGCUAAUCGCGUUUACGAUCGCCAACAAGAAGUCGCCGGCAAAUAAUAGCGCCGCCGCUGACAACAGUCGUCGAGUGACCAGACAUUCGACCAAUAAUAGCGGCACCGCAUCGGCGGCCAAAUCGUUGACAACGGCGGCGACAGCUGUGGCCACAAAGACUACGGCCAACGGUCGGGCGGCGGCGAACCUCGUUCGGGCCACGAAGAGUUCGCCAACGCCUGUACUAAUGGCCAACUUUUUGGCCGCCCAGAAGUCAAGCGCAGAUGCGCUUAAAAAUUCUGCGGCCAAACCGGCGGCUAAACCGCCGCAAAGAGGGGCCAAACGUAAACUGCCGGCCACUGGCGCGACGGCAGCCGCCACCGCCUCAGCCGUCGAAACCAAACCCAAUCGGCCGGCAGAUACUCGGCGGACGCCCACCAAACCGGAGCGAAACAGCUCGGCCUCCAGUACGUUACCGGCGGCCACACCCGCUGCCACACCGGCCGCCACCGCCGGAACAGCAGAGAAUAGCCAACAGAGGGCCAGCAAACGGGUGCGGCUACAGUACCAGCCGUUUCAGUCGCCGGAACCGUUGCAGGCGUUGCCGCUGCUGUUGAGGGCGUCGGUGUCUACAGCGGCCGCCAAACGUACGAAACCGGACGAAGCAGUGGAGGACAAAGUGAUUAUCUAUCAUAAGAACGAAUUCCUGGCCGUUAGGAACGACUCCAACGGCUACUAUAUAUGUCGGACCAAACAGAAUGUGUUUAAGCAGAGCCGCAAGUUUAAGAUCUUGUGGUUCAACAACGAUAGCCAAAAACAGCGGCCAUUGGUUUACACUCCGGACUUCUACGAUGUGACCGACUUUGAGUGCAUUUUGACUAAUGUGACCAUGGACAGACUCGACAAGGGCCAGUUCGAGCUGCCCUACUAUGAGAAACAGCGUAUAUUGAAUAUACUUCAC